CACGUGAUCACUUGCUGACAUAUAUAAACGGACACGGGCUCUCGUUGAUUGGCUCUCCCAACACAGUUUUCUUGUGGAAGAAAAGAGUGGACUUAUGAUGUCAAAUGUUCAUAAUCAAAAUGGUCAAGGUCUAGAGCAGCAGUUUGCUGGUUUAGACUUAGGAUCUGGUGGAAGACCAUACAGUGGCAAAGAUGGACGAAAUUAUCGACCAAACAGCGCAAACCCAAGAUUUCAGGAACAAAUGUUCUACAUGCCAGGUCAGGGUAACCAAGGGCAACAGGGUCAGCGAUAUGUGCCUCCUCACAUGAGGAAUGCCCCAGGGGCACCUGCUCCUCCCCCAUUAGGAAUGGUGCCAAAUUACCCUCCACCCCCACUGCCAGAUAAUAGAGGGGGCAGAGAUGGAGGCUAUAGCAGAGGAGGAUAUAAUCAGGGCCGUGGAGGAUACAUGAAUGGGGGUCCUCCCCAAAGCUUCAGUCAGCCCAACAUGGGUGAUAGAGGUGGAUACAAUACUUACAACCGAGGGGGAUACAAUCAGGGUGGAGGUAACCGAGGUGGUUACAACAAUUACCAGAACCGUCGUGGUGGCUAUCAGAAUAAUGCACCAGGAAGAUAUGGAGGAGGGGACAGAUACAACAACUAUGGAGAUGGGGAUCGCUUCUCAAGACAGAGCAGUGCCCCUCCAAGUUCUGGGGGACGUUGGGAUAACCUUGAAGAUGAUCGAAACUUCAACAACCAGAGAUAUCAGAGUGAUGGUGACUUCAGCACAAAUAACAGAUGGGACAAUCGAACUGAUUACAAUACAGGGGGCAAGUACCCCCAAGAGACUACAAAGGAAAACUGGACUAUUCCCCUACCCCCUAAUCCCCGAAUGGAAGAGGAGCUGUUUGGAAGUGGAAACACUGGUAUAAACUUUGACAAAUAUGAAGAUAUUCCUGUGGAGGCAACUGGAGAAAAUGCCCCCAAAAAUGUGGAGACUUUUGAGGAGUGUAACUUGGGAGAGAUUAUCAGAAACAACAUUGUGCUGAGUCGCUACUCAAAGCCUACUCCAGUACAAAAAUAUGCCAUUCCUAUUGUUCUGAGUAAGAGAGACCUAAUGGCCUGCGCUCAGACAGGCUCUGGAAAGACUGCUGCUUUUUUGGUCCCAGUGUUAAACAGAGUCUAUGAAAAUGGACCCGAAGAAUCAGCAAAUGUGUCCUCGUCCAGACAGUAUGGGCGUAGAAAACAAUAUCCACUGGCUCUGGUCCUGGCCCCCACUCGAGAGCUGGCUUACCAAAUCUUUGAUGAAGCAAGGAAGUUUGCUUAUCGUUCCCGUGUGAGGCCCUGUGUGGUAUAUGGAGGAGCUGAUAUUGGGGCCCAGAUGAGGGACCUUGACAGAGGAUGUCAUUUACUGGUGGCUACCCCUGGAAGACUGGUAGACAUGCUGGAGAGGGGCAAGCUCGGUUUGGAACACUGCAAGUUCCUGGUUUUGGAUGAGGCAGACAGAAUGUUAGACAUGGGAUUUGAGCCCCAGAUCCGUCGCAUUGUGGAGAAGGAUAACAUGCCUCCGAGUGGUGUAAGGCAAACUCUCAUGUUCAGUGCCACAUUCCCCAAAGAAAUUCAGAUGCUGGCCCGAGAUUUCCUGGACAACUAUAUAUUUUUGGCAGUUGGAAGAGUGGGCAGCACCAGUGAGAACAUUACCCAGAAAGUGGUUUGGGUGGAAGAAAUGGAGAAACGUUCCUUCCUGUUGGAUCUAUUGAAUGCAGCAGCAGGUCCUGACUCACUGACUCUAGUCUUUGUGGAGACUAAGAAGGGUGCCGAUUCACUGGAGGAUUUCCUGAUCAGGGAGGGAUAUCCCGCUACCAGUAUUCAUGGUGACCGCUCUCAGAAGGAGAGGGAGGAGGCUCUGCGGCUGUUUAGGAGUGGGGACAGGCCCAUCAUUGUAGCUACAGCUGUGGCUGCAAGAGGCUUGGAUAUCCAAAACGUUAGACAUGUUGUGAACUUUGAUCUGCCAAGUGACAUUGAGGAAUAUGUACAUAGGAUUGGAAGAACUGGUAGAGUAGGAAAUCUGGGUUUGGCAACCUCGUUUUUCAAUGAGAAGAACAAGAACAUUGUGCGGGACCUCAUGGAUUUGCUUGUGGAGGCCCAUCAAGAAGUUCCAUCUUGGCUUGAAUCCAUGGCUUACGAAGCUCGGCCCACUGGAAGUUCCAGAAGGGGAGGUGGAAGAAGAUUUGGCAACUCUGGCUUUGGAUCAAGAGAUUACCGACAGCAGAAUAAACCCAAAUCUCAGCAGCAACAACAGCAGGGUGGUGGAGGAUACAGCAACAAUUAUAAUCCUAUGGCCAACCAAUACAGCAACUAUGGAGGCUCCUACGGUGGUGCCUACUCUGCCCCCAGCAACAGUGCUGCCCCAGACUGGUGGGGCAACUGAAGAGCCCAGCAAGCGACAACCACAUUUUGUUUAAUUUGACUGUUGUAAAUUUUGCAGGGUGACAAUAUGGUAGAACCAGCCCCCUUAAAAUUUAAAUUCAAGGCUUUAGAAGGCAGUCUGGUAGCCUUUGGAGAUGAGUUCAGAUAACUGCAGUGAAACGAGAGCUUGGAUUGUACAAGAGGAUGGUAUAGGUUUCUGAAGAUAACUGUGUUUGGAGAGCCCUCGUUGAACUGUGUCAUAAAUAUACUAUUUUAAUUCACAUUUUAGCAAUGUCAGCAUUUGUUACCAAGAAUACAUAUCGUUCAUUGUUGUGUCAUUGUUUUAAAAAUGGCAGAAAAGUGAAAUGGCCAUACUGAUUUCUCACAAAUUUAUCUUAUGUUUUACAAUCAGUGAACAAUUGUCAAGCAGACUUCUGAGAUGAUAUAUUUUAAAAUUUCCCCCCCCCUGACCAUUACAUUUAUUAGACUGUGAGAGGGGAAAGGUGUUUGCAUGAAAUUAUUGAUGAAUAUUUUGAUUUUUUUUCAUUAUGAUCUGUAAUUAGUGUUGAUGGAGGCAUUUGUCAUCACUUUUUUACCAGAUCAUUAGGUUUUAAGGGAAAAAACCUAAAGAAAAUUUUUGUGCUGACAUUGUGAUUGCUUAAUAUUUAUGGAUUUAAUAGUGUCAAUUAUUGAUGGUAUUUCACAUACAUUUCCAGUAUCUCGGUAAUAUAAAUGAAACUUUAAUGUAAAAAUGCUACUGCACUGCAAACUGAAGACAGAUGUUUGCUGGUUCUAUUGUAUAUUACCAUGAAGCUAUUGUAAAAUUUUUCUAAAUAUUGUAGUCUUGUAGUUCCAAUAUUUUUUGCUAUGAUGCCGUCCUGUUUCCAAAUGUAGAAUUUUUGGAAGAACGUUAUUUUUGGAAAUUGGAAUCAAAGGAAGACAGGUUCACUUCAAGAAUUUUUUUUUUUACUUGAAUAUUUAUGAAAAAUGAAAGCUGGUGAACUUAUUCAUCCAGAGUUACAUAUAUAUAUAUAUAACUCUUUCUUAUUAUGGAGAACAUAACUAAUACAGCAUCUGUGAUUUUUUUUAUUAUAGGAAGGAACUUGAUCUUACUUCUUUUUUUAAUUAAAAUCUGAUGCUGUGACAAGGAAUGGGGUUUUAAUAUACAUGUAUAAACACAUUUGUGAUGCUAGUCAAGUAAGUCAUAUAUCUUGCCCCCUUUUUAUUUGCUGCAUGUGGAAAUUCAUGUGAAAGUUGAAAAAGAUAAGAGUACCACCAUGUGAUGGUUAUAUAUUUUUUGUUAUUUUGUUUUCUUAAAUGUACACGUAUUGUGUAUUUCUGUAAGAAGUGGUGGUACAAUUGCCCUAGCAUCCAAUUUUCUAUACGUAUUGUAAAAGAAUUUUUGAUGUGCAUGCAUUUCCACAUUUAGCUGCUAAAUGGUGCAUUAUGUACAUUGUACUUAGUAUAUGGUCUUUUUGACAACAAUUUGACUGCGUAUUAAUUAAAUAUUUCAAUUACAUGUAGAAAUAGUAUUUGGAACUUUUUUUUUCACUGAAAGAGGGAUUUCUUCUUUCCCUGUUAACUGAUAUUUAAGGAUUUUAAAAGAAAAAACUUUCAACAUGAACAUGUUUAAAGUUUGAGAUUUGCUAUGCAGGUUCAAGUAUCCUUUGUUCCAUAAUCUAAAGGAAGAAAUGUAGAGUUAAGUUUUGGACAUGUUAUAGACACUUAAUUUCAGGAUUCUACACAAGAGUAAACCACAAAGGGCACUCAAACCUAGCAUAAAAAUGUUUGUUUGAACGACUAGUGUCACAAAUAGCUAUUGUAUCCGUAUUUUAAUGAUUGAACCACGUCUUUCAAAAGGUCAUCUUAUGGGGAGAGGACAUGUUAUGUGCCAGUUUUUUGUUUCUCAAGUAUUUGUUGUGGAGAUUUUUGGCAAGAGUUUGUGUUUUUUUUUCCACAAGCCUAGGCCUGUCAACCUUAAUAUCCAGACAAUGGAGCUUUUAUACAAUAUCUUGACCUAUUGCGAUUAAUAGUCCCAGAACAAAUACAUAAUAGAAAUUUUUUCAUCCUUCGUUGUGUAUUUUUAUUUUUCUGAAUGUUAAUUAUUGACAAAUAUUUGUUAUUCUUACAUUGUGAUUUUCCUAACUUUGUUUAAAUGGAACAUUAUUUUAAUCUUAAAGGCUCUGGAUCCCUCGUUUUCAAAGUCUGUAUGUUAGAGAUAUUAGAUUAUAGUGUAUGAUUUUAAAGAAUAGUUCUUGUGCUUUAUAAUCAAAACUGCAAAGUUACUGUUUUCUUACAGAUAACUGCUCUGAACAAAAGAGUUUUGGAUCUCCAUCAUGUUAAUGUUUACUUCGGUGCUUUUUUGUACAGAAACUUUAUAAAAAGCUGUCAGAAUUGGUGACUGUAGAUCUUCUUCGACAGUUUGAAGUAUGAAGCUGUACAAAAAGGUCGUUGUUUCCAAAAUCGGUGCACAUUGAAUUGCAUUGAAAUAUUAUUUCUGUGUUUUUUCUGUAUGGGAGAUGGAUAUUUUUCCUAAGCAAAUAUUGAAUUGUGUAAAGAUACAUGAUCAAUCCAGUUGUGCUUGUUAUUUUUGGAGCAUGCUUAAUGCAUGUAUUUCCAUAUAUCUCUUCAAUGUGCCAAAAAAUGAUUUCCUAUAGGAAAUUUUAUACAGCUUGUAGGGAUCCAGAGGUAUAUAUACGGUAUUUAAUGAUAUAAACUAUUCUGUAAAAGACAUUCCAAAAUGUGUUCAAGUUCCUGUGUGUAUAUUUAUGGGGUCUCACAUUUUUUUCAUUCAGAUUAUCUUGACCAUUUUAUCUUUUCGACUUACCAUUGAUAAUAUUCUCGUCACUUAACUUUUUUUUGUUUUGUAUGUGUCUAUUUUCACAGUGUAUCCAUAUGAUAUUCAUGCAGUAUUGAAAAGGAAAAUUCAGCAGUAUUGCGAGGCUUUUUUUUUUUUUUUAAAUAAUAAACCAGGGCUUUCAUCCUCUGCCAUAAAGGUUUCCUCAUAAUCAUUUUCACCCGCGUAAAAAAUAAUCGAGUUAUAUAGAUAUGUUUUAUCAUGUACAUGUAUCUUUAUUGUUAGGGGAGACUUUUUUUGGUGCUGCCUUUAUGACCUGGUGCUUCCUUUUGAAAAAUGGAGGAAGCAAAGGAUGAUCUUGGUGCAUGUUGCAUCCUUGUUGCAAGUUUUCUGUGAUGAGUCAAAUUUGAAGUAAAAAUAAUGUGCAAUUCUUUUUUUUUUUUAUAAUAUUAUAUCACAGAUGUUUUACAGUCACAUCAAUGGCAAUCUUUUUUAUAUAAAUAUUUACAAAUUAAUUUAUUCAGUAUUUUUUUAUUUUAAAAAUGUGAUGUGUGAAUGACUUAAUUUUACAAAGGGAAAAAUAAGGGUAGCUGUAUUUAGUAUACAUGUGCAUGUUAUUUGAUGAGUGUGGGGGAAUUUUGGCAGAGGGUGAAUUUUUAAAGAUCGUUUAGGAGGGCCUUGUAAAUGGUUAGGUUUUCAGUAAAGAUUUUUAAUAUAUACCAGUUCGCCAGUUUUCUUGGGUACCGUUGACCUUCAUAGUUACAUGUAAAUUACUGGUAAAUGUGCUUUUGGUAUCUCAGGACUUUAUGAUGAAAUCUGAAUUCUUUUUUUUGCAACAAAGUGAAAGUAAAAGCAAUAUUUUUCAUUGUUUAUCUCUUUAAUGCUAGAGUUUUGAACUGUUUAUCCAGAGAACCUUUUUUGUAAUCUUGAUUUGGCUGUAGACACUUUUUUUGUACUCAUCAAACUUGUAUACAUUGAAUGUCAGAGUCAAAACAGAGAACAGGAGAAAGUCAGAUUCUGAGUGCAGAAAAUUAUUUAGUCUGAAGAAUUUUGAGUCUUGGUAUCCAGAUGUUAUGAUUCUUUGUCCAUUUCACAGCAAAUAAUCCUGUACAAUGAAUUGGCAUGUCAUGUAUAAAACCCACGAAUUUGUAUGAGAGAAGAUAACUUUUAGGAGAGAGUGUUUCAGAAUGGGACGGCAUAUUUUGUAUUAGUUAUUUUUUCUUGUCUUUUUUUUGUGCUGUGCUGUAUAUUUGGGGGGAAAUUAACCUGUAAACCUGCAGCUCAGACAAUUCGAAACAAGUUUUGAAUGUGGUUGUUCAAAUAAAAUCUUUCAAUGUUGA